CUCUCUCUCUCUCUCCAUCAAAUAUGGAAAUCAAUCUCUCUCUCUCUCUCUCUCUCUCUCCCUCUCUGUUAUUCUAUAUCUGUAUUUGUAAUCCAGCUUACAUCUCUCUCUGUCUCUCUCAACGCACUGCCAAUCUCAAAUUGCAUGCAUACACAGUUGGGUCGUUUUAAAUGAUGACUUCAAUAGCAAUCAACAAACCAUAUCACUCUCCUCUCUUCCUUAUCCCUUCAUUCCACAACCACCAUACCCCAACUUCCAAAUCCAUACCCACUCUCAAACUAGCACCACAAUCACCCUCCAUUUCCCUGCAAAAACCCACCAAUUUAGAAGAGAUCAGGCAACUACAAGCUCAUAUUCUUCGAACCCAUUUGCCAAAAUGCAAUUCCUUUGAACCCCAUAAUCCAAACAUUGCAUCUCUCUGGAACUCCAUUAUCACUGGCUACACAAAAAACAAUCGACCCGAUAAAGCCAUCAAUGUUUACCAUGUCAUGAGAUCAACAAACCUCAGUUUAGACACAUUCACCCUCCCCUCGAUCUUUAAAGCUUGUGCCUAUCUAUCUGCAAUUCAACAAGGGAAAGAAAUCCAUGGAUUCAUCCUAAAAACUGGCUUAAAUUGGGAUAUUUUUGUUCAAAAUUCACUCGUAAACAUGUACUCUGAAUGUGGGUUUGUGGAAUAUGCAAGGGAAGUGUUUGAUGAGAUGAUAGAGAGAGAUGUGGUCUCAUGGAGCACAAUGAUCGGUUGCUAUGGUCAUAACCGGUGUUUCUCGGAAGCUAUAGAUCUUCUCAAAGAGAUGCAGGCAUCAGAGAUGAAGCCUAGUGAGAUAACACUGAUCAAUUUGAUCAAUCUCUUUGCUGAUAUGAGAGUUUUGAAGAUUGGAAAACAAAUUCAUGGUUAUGUGCUUAGAAAUGCCAGUUCUCAAAUGCAUAGCCUUCCAUUAAACUCUGCUCUGAUAGAUAUGUAUGUCAAAUGCAAGAAUCUAAAGUCUGCCAGAAACCAAUUUGGUGGUAUGACACAACGAAGCAUAGUUUCAUGGACCAUCAUGAUGGUGGGUUAUGUGGGAUGUGGGGAUUUAGAGGAAUCUGUGAAACUCUUCAAUGAAAUGAAGGAAGAGAAAGUCGAACCCAAUGAAAUCACGAUGCUAAGUCUGCUUUUAGAGUGCGGGAACAUGGGGGCCUUAGAAAUGGGCAAAUGGGUCCAUGUCUAUUUAAUCAAGAAUGGGUUUGAGAUGUCUGUUUCUUUAGUGACUGCCCUAUUGGAUAUGUAUGGGAAGUGUGAAGAAACAGAGAGUGCGAGAAGCUUGUUUGAUACCAUGCCUCGAAGGGAUGUCAUGGCAUGGACUGCGAUGAUUUCUAGCUAUGCAAAUGCAAAAUGCAUGGAUCAAGCAGUCCAACUCUUCAGCAAGAUGCAAGAUCAUAAAAUGAAGCCUAAUCAAGUAACAAUGGUUAAUUUACUCAUGGUUUGUGCUAGCUUAGGAGCCCUUGAUACAGGCAAAUGGAUCCAUCUUUACAUUGAGAAACUUGGGGUAAAACCAGAAGAUGAUGUUGUUCUAGCAACCGCUUUGGUUGACAUGUAUGCGAAGAGUGGGGACAUAGAAAGGGCCCAGCAAGUGUUUACCAGAGUCCCCAACAAGGAUAUAUGCAUGUGGAAUGCCAUGAUCAGUGGUCUAGCCAUGCAUGGCCAUGCAAAGGAAGCAAUCUCUCUCUUCUCAAAAAUGGAAGCUGAGAGAAUCAAACCCAAUGACGUCACAUUUGUGGGGGUCUUGCAUGCAUGUGGUCAUUCGGGGAAGGUGGAUGCUGGACGCAUGCUUUUUGAACGUAUGGUUCAUGAGUUUGGCAUCAUGCCAAAAGUUGAACACUAUGGAUGUAUGGUGGAUCUUCUUGGGCGAGCUGGCAUGCUAGAUGAUGCUCAUGACAUGAUAAAUGGGAUGCCCAUGAAGCCCAAUACCAUAGUAUGGGGCUCUCUAUUAGCCGCGUGUAAACUCCACAAUAAUCUUGGUUUAGGAGAGAUGGUGGCUAAGGAGCUUCUUGAACUAGAGCCUAAUAAUUGUGGUUAUCAUGUGCUAUUGUCUAAUAUAUAUGCCAAAUCAAAUAGAUGGGAUGAUGUUGCGGGAGUGAGAAAAUUGAUGAGAAAGAAAGGAAUAAAGAAGGAGCCAGGGUUUAGUUCUAUAGAGGUGAAUGGUUCCAUUCAUGAGUUUGUAAUGGGGGAUAAAUCACACCCCCAAACAGAGGAGAUACAUGGAAUGCUAGAUGAAAUGAGCAAUCGAUUGAAAGAGGCAGGCCAUGUAGCCAACACUUCAGUGGUACUGUUAAAUAUAGAAGAAGAAGAGAGAGAAACGACACUUACUUAUCAUACUGAGAAGUUGGCCAUAGCUUUUGGGCUUAUCAGCACAGCUCCAUGCACUCCAAUUCGGAUUGUGAAGAACCUUCGAGUGUGUGAUGACUGCCACUCCGCAACUAAGCUUAUAUCAAAGAUUUACGGUAGAGAAAUUAUUGUUAGGGACCGAAACCGCUAUCAUCAUUUCAAAGAAGGAUCCUGUUCCUGUAGGGAUUAUUGGUAACGGAAAAUUUAAUCUUUAUUUAUUGGUUCUCCCCAAAAUUAAUGUUUAUAUAAAAAACCCAGCUCAAGACAAAGUUAA